ACCGUUAGUUGAAAGCUGACGGUUCACCCCGCGAGUUCACGAUGUACCGAGAUGUCCUCGUACUCGGACUCUCGACAUUUCUCUUCGCGUUUACCGCCGAUAUCGUUCGAUCAUCCAACAACGAUCGACUCCAGGGAGGAGAGGGGAAUUCUAACUUCUCAAAACCUUGUGCGUUCGUGCGAUGCGACCAGGGUGAGAAUUGCGUGAGUCGGAAAUUUUGGUGCAAAAAUCCACCGUGUCCCAUUAUGCACUACUGUUCUAAAACGCCGAGAGAAUCACUGAAAGGUCCGAUUACUUGUGAAUCCGUUCGCUGCAGCAAGGGUUACAUUUGCCUCGUCAAAGUUCGCCGAUGCCAUUGGGAUCGGAGAUGUACACAGCAAGCAGCACGCUGCGUUUCUGACCACGAAUAUUACAACGGUCCAACUUCCUGCGCCGAUUUUCAUUGCCCACCCGAUCAUCGGUGUAUCUUGCGAGAAUCCAAGUGCCCACAUUCGCCUUGCAGGUUGCUCAGAAGUUGCGCUAAGAACAAAGAUGUUCAAGCCUGGCAUGCUAGAUGCAGAAAUCUGGGAUGUCCUUCGGAAUACGAAUGCUUCCUGCGAAGACCACCGGACAACUGCUCCUCCUCUGAUCCCUGCAAGCAUACGCCUGACUGCACAAGUACAAAUGUGAAUGAGGUCCCAUCUAGCCCAGGCUGUCGAGGCUGGAUUUGCCCCAGAAAUCAGGAGUGCUCAGUUAUCGUCCAGGACUCCUGCAAGCUUGAGCACGGUACCGAAAACUGCGAAGCAACCCGUGUCUGUCGGGAACCACAUGCAUCCUCCGAGACGAUAUCAUCACCUUCUACGCGACUCGUUCCUCGAGCACCUACUGCUGUGAACAAUGUCUGGCAGUUGAAAACCCCUGAGCCGCCGACUCGUUCAACUGUGGAUGAAGGACUGUCGUUGAUCGUGAGGGAUACAACUCUGCAAGAUGAAGAUGGAGACGAAAAAGUACAGAUGACGCGGCAGAAGAUCGGCGGAACAACCACGACUAUGUACCCAACUAUGGUACCUCCGAUGGAGACUGCAGCUUUUCCCAGUUAUCCUACAACUGUGUCAAAGGUUGACUCUAGACUAGCUUCCAUUCCGAGUCAGACGAAGUGUCACUGCAGCAAAAACACGUAUUCGCUACCCAGUGGACCAAUUUAUCAAGUUCCGGUCUACGUUAAAUCGCCUGUGAUCAAAAAUGAUGCUGAUGUAGAAAAAGUCGUGCAUCCACAGCAACCGAUCGCUCCUUCAAUGACAGAGUGGCUUGACUAUCUCCGUUUAAAAACGGGUUUAGACGCCAUCAAAAUAUGGGCCAAACAUGCUGAGGAAAACGUUAAAUAUGAGUACUUCAAGGAAUGGCUGGAAUCUGUGAAAAACAGUCUGGGAAGAUUGAAAUUUCAAAUCUGGUUGAGAGAAGUUCGAAAAUUAACCUCCGAUAAUCCAGCCUUUCAGAAAUGGCUCCUAAAAAACGAUGUGAUUCCUGAAUCCACCAAACCCUACAAUGAGGACGAUAGCUCUAUCCGAAAACCUUUAGUGGAAUUUCCAGUGAAUACGGAAGAAGUACAGGUACCAGUUCUCGAUAAAACUCAAACUUCACAACAUUCGAAAGAUACAGAUAAUGGAAAUGAUCCUGCGGAUAAAAAAUCUGAACCUAGAAUUACUCAAAAUAUUCAUGACGAUCAAGAGAUUGGGCAAAUUCAAGAUCAAAAUCAGCUAACUCCAGUCAAGAAACAGUCCAGAAAUUCAUCUAUUUCUCAAGUUGAAACUGAGAGCAACGAUACAAGUCUGGUAAUGCCAAGAACGGUUGUAGAAACGACAACGAGUAGGCCAAUACCCAAACCACGUCCUAAGAAUAACUUCGAUCCUAACGUGAGCACAAAUGUCCCACAACUAUUUUCCGUGGAUCAACAGAAACCAAAUCAUUUCUCGAAAAAAAAUACCGGCCACCCGAGAAUCAAUUACGGAGAAGGUCCUUGGACCGCGUACCAUCAGGAUUACUAUAACCUAAGGCCAGAUUCAGAUAUUCACUCGAUAAAGUUAAAGAACGAUUCCCUAACGGAGUCCAGGCCACCCAAUUCCACGUACCGUCAUCAACCACAGUCAUAUAAGACCGAUAACAAUAGAUCGGAUUCCGGUUAUUCGACUGAUUUGUCAGAACCGCAGCUGAAUAUCAAGAACGACUCAACUCAGGACAACUCAGUUGACUUUGCAGCACGAGACAAGAACUUCGGGACAGAUCCCAGGGAGGAUCAUCCGAUAAAUCAUUUUGUGCAGCUUAAUAAGAGUAACGAGAUCCUUCCAAGUAAAAAUUACCGUCCAGGUGAAAUGUUAAUACAAGAAAUUUACAGUGCCGAGAAUGAUUCGACGGUUGGUUCUGGAUUGAACUCAUCAGUGCUACUGGAAAAUUCCACCAACAAUAUCAAAACAGGGGAAAACACGAAAGCACCGGGUGUGAAAAUAAACGAUGCUGUUCCCUUUGAGAAUAUACCUGGUAACCUAUCGUUCGUAAAAAGCAAUCAAUCCAGCAAUCACAGUGAACUUGAUGUUGAUUCGCCACGUAAUGGGGCGAAAAAUGUCGCACGAAAUUUCACGGCACAAGAACCCUCCACGGCAAUGGUACUCGAACAUUUUCCCCCAGAGAAUCAAACAGAAUCACCGGAAUUUCCGGCGCCACGCCAGGACUACAAAACGGUUCAUCAGUCGGACCACAAGGUUCCAAUAGCCCACACGUACUCUCAGAAUUCGUCAGCGGACGUUGGGGUGCAAACGAAAGAGGAAAACCUCACGAAGACAUUCGACUUGUUUGCCCCUGUAGCAGAUCAACUCCAUAUAACGUCGCCGUGGGACGCGGUGCAAGUCCUCGGCCCUAAAAAAAGAACUUACUAUGCUCUCAUGAGGUUUCCGCUGGAACGAGUCAACGACCAGCUACAAAUAGUCGGCUAUCCUCUAAUCGUGUCGACGACCUCAUCUAUCGAUCAAUCUGACAUUUUUCACUACAAUGCGGGGAACCUUAACUCACAGCCUCAGCCUAUAUACCUCACGCAAAAUUCUGAACCCGAUGUGCCUCCAAUUCCUUGGAACCUAGUUUUGAAAUAUCAUAAUAUACCCCAUCGUUCACCUACAAGACAAAAUUUAGAUGAGGUGGAGGUUGGGAACCAGGAAGAACGGAUUGAUUUGAAAAAUCAACCGGUCUCGUCCCAACAGGUACAUAAGAAAAAUGCACAUACCGAGCUACACAUUCCUCUAGUAAAUUCUCCGCAUCUCAAUGCACCCAUUGAGCUACAAGUACAAGAUCUUGGAAGAUGGCAUCGGUUAGGUACUGUUCAGCCUACGCAGUAUCUACGAAACAAGGUGAAGAAUAUUGAAGGAGAAUACGGUGGUGGUCCCAGCAUGCCUUACAAUGUAGAAGCCACUCAAUCCAUGGUCGAUAUGCCGACUAGUGGACCACGGACCAUGACAACUCCCAACCCAAUGCCAUCGAUCUCCAAUCCGAAACCCUCGGAGGUAGCAGAAAUUGAGUAUGAUCAGUAUGAGUGCGAAGAGCAAGGAAUCACUCCAUCUCCCACCUUGGAAACCAACCAGAAAGCUUUUGCAGCAGGAGAUCCUUACAGUCCGAAUUCGGCAAACUACGAUGCCGCGAAGUAUUACUACGAAAAUGGUGAUAAAUAUGGAUAUGACGACGGACCCUUAGGAUAUGACGACGGAUACUCCGAGCAGCUAGAAAUCAAUGUAGCGGAUUACGGUCCUGAGUAUUACGAUGGGGAAAUCACACAGGGAAUUAUAAUACACAGAACUGCCGAUGAGGAUAAAUCGUUCCAUAAGAACUGAUGUCACUUUCGAUGUUUCUCUUGAAAUUGUUAUGCAAUUCAAUAAUAAUAUUAUUGCUAAUGUAUGCUAAAUAUACGUCGUGAAAAAGGUGGUGCAUCUGAUCGAGGUAGCGAUACGUAACUCUUUCAAAUAUGCACAAAAGUUCGCAACGAACGACUUUGAAGCAAUGAAACCGAGGAAAAUAGCUAUAAUAAACCAUAUGCGUGACAAACUUAUUCCUAAUGUAU